AAGUUCAUGAGGCCGGACCGUGGAUGGUUAGGUCCGCCGCCGACUUCUGACUGUGCAGCCGCAACCCUUGUCACGGAGUUUGGAUCCCACGAGCUCUACGCCUGCGGUACUUGUCCGCAGGCUGUAGAUUCUGAGAAUCUGACCGCACGCUUUGGCUCGUACAUCAACAGCAGGAAGAGCGAACGAGCGAGAGAGAGAGAGAGAGAGAGAGUCCCAUGGCGGGAGACUACGUUGGGCGGCCUCCUCCCGCGCCUCCGGAGGUGGCGAUGGAGCUCCACGCCUUAAACAGAGCCAAGGUCGUGAGGUCGAUCAGGCAGCAGCUUGCCUCUCUCUCACGGCCGCUCCACGGUUUCAUUUUCCUCCAAGGUGGAGAGGAGCAAACGCGUUAUUGCACCGAUCACCUUAUCCUCUUCAGGCAAGAGAGUUAUUUCGCAUAUCUGUUUGGAGUGAGGGAACCAGGUUUCUAUGGGGCUAUUGAUAUAUCCAAUGGGAAAUCAAUUCUUUUUGCCCCAAGAUUAGACCCUGAUUAUGCCGUUUGGAUGGGGCCCAUAAAGCCAUUAUCCUAUUUCAAGGAAAGGUACAUGGUCAGUAUGGUGUGCUUCAGAGAUGAAAUUUCAGCUGUAUUACAUGAUCAUUAUGGUGGCCCUGGAAAACCAUUGCUCUUUCUCUUGCAUGGGCUUAACACAGACAGCAAUAAUUUCUCUAAGCCUGCUCAAUUUGAGGAGAUGGAGAAGUUUGACACAGAUCAAAGUUUCCUACAUCCUAUUUUGUCAGAGUGUCGUGUAUUCAAGUCUGAGUUGGAGCUUGCCCUCAUACAGUAUGCUAAUGACAUAAGUUCAGCUGCUCAUGUUGAGGUAAUGCAGAGGACCAAAGUUGGAAUGAAAGAAUAUCAGCUAGAAAGCAUAUUUUUACAUUAUGUCUACAUGUAUGGUGGUUGCAGGCAUUGCUCAUAUACUUGUAUCUGUGCCACAGGUGAAAAUAGUGCUGUUCUUCACUAUGGCCAUGCUGCUGCUCCAAAUGAUAGGAUGAAGCUGCAGGCUAACUGGCUAGAGUUCAUUACCAAGAUUUGUUGCAUCAAUUCUGGCUCUUCCAAUGAUGCAUACCGUAAAAAUGAUUUUCUUGAGAUCUUGAAUGACGGAGACAUGGCAUUGUUUGACAUGGGAGCAGAAUACCACUUCUAUGGUUCGGAUAUAACAUGUUCUUUCCCUGUUAAUGGUAAAUUUACUGCAGACCAGCGCCUUGUGUAUGAUGCUGUUCUGAAGGCUCAUAAUCUUGUUAUAUCUACAAUGAGACCCGGAGUAAGCUGGACAGAGAUGCACAAGCUAGCUGAGAAAACUAUUUUGGACUCCCUGAGAACAGGAGGCAUCCUUAUUGGUGAUGUUGAUGAAAUGAUGGAAGCAAGACUUGGUGCUGUUUUCAUGCCACACGGACUGGGACAUUUUCUGGGGAUUGAUACUCAUGAUCCUGGUGGCUAUGGGAAGGGCAUGGACAGGCCAACAGAACCAGGACUGAAGUCCCUUCGGACGGUGCGGGUGCUUCAAGAGGACAUGGUAAUAACGGUUGAGCCUGGUUGCUACUUUAUUGAUGCCCUUCUUGUUCCAGCCCUGGAAGAUUCAAAUCUGUCAAAGUUCAUCAACCAUGAUGAAAUAUGCAGAUUCAAGAAAUUUGGUGGUGUCCGAAUUGAAAGCGAUGUGCAUGUGACUGCAAAUGGAUGCCAAAAUCUCACUGACUGUCCACGGGAAGCCUGGGAAAUUGAAGCUGUUAUGGCGGGGGCACCAUGGCCUCUAGAUAAGGGUUUGCUUGCUUCUAGCAACCAUUCUGCAUGAAUUCACCAGCUUCAACGAAGGCUGCUGGUAGGCGAACUGUGUUGAUGGGCCAUGCAUCUCGAAAGUUGCUAUGAUGUGUUGCUCGCCUUUGCAAUUGUCCCUUCACGAUUCCUCUAAUUUUACUAUUUGGUUGGGUAGAAUAAGCUUGUUAUAGAACAGUUCGGUAAAUUUUGCAUCGUUUUAGGUGAGGAACCGAGUGCUUACACUAGGUCUGCCUAGAGCCGCUCGUCUAUCACUAACCAGUCAAUAAAAGUAUGCUCAAGAAAAAACUCUCUCUCUCUCUCUCUC